AUGACUUUGCGCACUGUUAGCAGCUACUCGAGUACUAGAUUGAUUACGUUAUCGGUUAAUGUUAGUUGGUGGUUUACAGUGCCUGUUUCAAUUCAUAAAGUUUCUUGGGUGUACCUAGAUCCAGUGAUCUAUCGGUCAAUAUGGUCAAAAACUGAAGGCACAGCAAUUGCACAGCAUGGACAUUCAAGUCCGACCAGAGGUGGAGCAAUGGAUACUAUGGUUUGCCAACAGCCGUAUAUAGUGAGCGAGGUCUUCUAG